AGGCUCCAGUAUUUUGGUCAGUCACUGAGUGGGGGCCAGGACCUCACGAUGGAUGGCUUGAUGGACCUGGCUGUAGGGGCGCAGGGGCACGCGCUGCUGCUCAGGUCCCAGCCUGUGCUGAGGGUUGAGGCCACCAUGACCUUCACGCCCGGGGAAUUGGCGAGGAGUGUGUUUGAGUGUCGGGAGAAUAUGGUGAAAGGCCAACCUGCUGGGGAAGUCAGAGUCUGCCUCCGUGUGCAGAAGAGCACAGCGGACCGGCUGAGGCAAGGUGAGGCCGGGGGGAGUCUCAGCAGGUUAAGUGGCCGGGGUACUGACGGGUGGCUCAGCCUUCUGGGCAGUCCGGAGCAAAGUGCUCACAGGCUCCAGCAGCCUUCCCCAAGCUCAGCUGGAGCAAGUGAGUGACUCCCCUAUGGGUGGGGAGGCCCAGCAAACCCGA